GUUACUCAGUUAUUGCAGUCUGACAGUUCAGAAGUAACAUGAACCGCGAACGGUUUUUAACGACACUCUGAUUCACUAUUUGUGAUCAUAUUUUAUUUAUUUAUUUAUUUAUUAUAAUUAUGACUAUGUCAAUUUUUUAUUGUCCUCUUUUUGCAGUUUAACGACCCCCCAUGAUUUCUCCGUCAAUGAUCAUGAAUAUCGAUUAAAUUUUGCGCGGAUUAUGUGUGGGUGAUAUUCAAGUUUUUUUUUUCUUUUUUUUUAUUACUUUUCCUAUAUACCGGUCACAUACAGUUUCAGAGAAAUAUCAGUUUACCAAGGAUUUCCUUAUAGUAGAAAGUUGAAGUUGAAUAAAGAUAAUAUUUGUUUCGAAAAAAAAUCAGAUUUAUAAAUAUUGGAUUUAGUUGAGAAAAGAAAAAAAAAAAAAAAUUCUGUCGCAAUGGCAGAAUAUUGUGAAUAUCUUUGGGAUCCCUUACGUGGACACUCGAGUACAGCUCUUGCACGUAGUCUUUAUGAUGAACAAUCGAGAAUCAAUAAAGGUGACAAAAAACUAGCGAUAAAGACUGUUAGGGCCAUACUACGUGAUAUGCCUGGCGUUGAUUUAAUGCUUUGCACCGAUGAAUAUAUUACACGCUUCCUGUUGGCCCGGAAGUACAGAACUGAACAAGCAGCUGCACUGAUAGUAGCUUAUCAGGCACAAAUUGCACACAGACAAGAUAUUUUUGGUAAUCUCACAGCUCGCGAUCCUGCAUUACAACGUGCACUUAGAGCCGGAAUUCCUGGAGUUCUUCCUGCUCGCGACAAGAAAGGAAGGUGUGUUUUGCUUAUCCUAGCUUCACAAUGGGAUCCAAUUGCUGUUCCUGCAUUGGCAGUGCAACGAGCAAUUUUUUUAGUUUUGGAAACUCUUAUUCAAGAUCCCAGAAAUCAGCAAUCUGGAUUUGUGGCUGUGGUGGAUUGGGGUAAUUUUUCCCUGAGACAAGGUGGAGCUUUAGGAGCUGCAGCUUUGAGAAAUUUGGUAGCUGCCUUACGAGGAAGAUUUCCGGCUAGAUUUAAAGCAAUACACUUUUUGUCAGCUCCACUUUAUGUUCAAGCGACACUUGCACUUAUCAAACCAUUUCUCGAUGAAAAAACACGAAGCAAAAUAUAUCUUCAUGGAAAUAAUUUGAGUACUUUGCAUCAACAUUUACCAACUGAUAUUUUACCAGCUGAAUUAGGUGGAAGUGGUCCAGCAUUUAAUCCAGGUCUUUGGGCCGAACCUGUUAUUCAUUCAGCAAUGAAAGAAGCUGAAUUGGCUAACAUGAAAAGAGAUAAAGAAUCUUCCUCCUCGGAUGAUGUGAAUAACCUUAGAAAUUCCCAGGAACAAUCAAGGACGCAGGAUCAAAAGCAUUACGAAUUUUCAGACUCAGCAAGAAAUGAGAUGAACCGAUCAGAAUCCACAGAACCUGAUUCUGUUUUUGAAAACGAGAAAAACUUGAAUUACUCCAAGGUACAAAUUUUAAAUUUAAAUGGAAAUUGUUCAGAAAUGAAAAAAAUGAAAUCAUCAGUUUUGGAGCCAAUACAUAACAAUUCAAGGAAAAAUCAAGAAAUGCAAUUAUUAAUAAAUGUUGAAGCAUUAGAAAAAAAUCGUGGUUUAUCAAUAAAUAAUAAAAAUAGAAAGUCAUUUGAUGAGCAGGAUGCUGAAAAUUCUGAAUGUUUAAGCUUUAGAUCAGACACAAAUUCAAAUGAAUUUGAAAUGGUGCCGAGUCAAGCAGAUAGCGAGGAUAAUUCACUGGAAAUGAAAGUUGAAAAAAUUGUCAUUAGAACUGGAAAAGGUGAACCACUUCCGGAAGAAGCUAAUUUAAUAGCAUAAGAAAAUAAGAAUAUUAGAUGAUUGAAAUUCUUAUAAUCUAAAGCAGGAAUAUAAUUUCAAGCUGAAAAUUAAGAUGAAAAAAAAAUUUCUUUAUACUUAAGAGGAAGCAAAAGAAAAGACAAUUUUACCAUUUGUUUAGACAAUUUUACUUAUGUAAAUUUAUCAAUUUUAUUGGAUUUUCUACAAAGAGAUUUAAUUUACGAAUUUGAUGAAAAAGAAAAAAAAAUUCGUAAAAAUUUGUUCAAGUUUGAUGAAUUCUCCAUUCAGAAACGAAACUGAUUACAAUUUUUUUUUUAUAGAAAAUUAAGGAAUAUUUUAUAAACACUGGAAUCAAUAAUAUCUCUAGUCUACUACUGAUUUAUAUAUAGUAGAAGACUAAAUUGGAAAAUUUAUUACGAUACAUUUUCAUGAUUCUGGAAAAUCGUGCACUAUAAAGUGAAAUGACAAUACCAUAUAUACGAGAAUCAUGAAUUCAUUCUUUAAUCUUAUAUACUCUUCUCAGAGAAAUUUUUCCAAAAAAACAAAAUGAAGUGAAAAAAUAAAACGAUCAAGGACAAAUUUGAUAAUUAAAAAUUAUAAAACUCAAAAA